AUGGACCUCUCCAGCUUCGAUGUUUUGGAUGCGGACAACAUCCCAGACUUCUACUGCGUUCGGCGACAGCUGCUGGCGUAUCGGAAUAUGGUUCCUAAGGAUGACCUGCCCGACUACGUCGUGGAAGUUGCCCCAGUUCCAGCAAGCGAGCUGGCCAAGAAGGACGAAGGACUCCCCUUCCGCCAACAGUCGGAGCCUGUAGUGACCAAGAGCUCGGCAUCCUCACUGCGCCGGCAGAUGUCCGCACAAGUCGAAAGGCCCCCGCCGAAGAAAGCACCGGCCCUCGUCGUCUCGGCCAACGCCUGGAGGCCUGCGGCCAAGAAGACGCCGGAGGAUGACCUCAAGCGCCAGGUGCAAGGCCUGUUGAACAAGAUUUGCCCGGAGAACGUCGCCUCCAUCAUCGAGAAGAUUGCGUCCAUCAAGGUCGACGACAUCAAGCAACUGGAGGCCAUCAUUGAGCUGAUGUUCAAGAAGGCCAUCACCGAGCCCCACUACUGCGAGACCUAUGCGGACAUGGUGUUCAGCCUGAAGGCGGUGUACCCGUCUUUCCCGGAUCCCGACGGCGGCAAGCCGAUCACAUUCAAGGGACUUGUCCUGAACAUCUGUCAAAACGAGUUCGAGGAGCUGUUGGCAUACAACGACAUCAGCGCAGAGCAGAAGGCGACGCUCGACGCGGAGGAGCUCGAGUACAUGCGCAAGAAGCGCAAGGACCGCAUGCGCGCCAACAUGAAGUUCAUCGGCCACCUCUUUUUGCGCCAGCUUCUCUCCGCAAAGGUCAUCGGAAGCGUGAUCUGUGAGCUGGUGCUUUGCGAGCAGAUUGAUGACUUGCCCGAGGAGCAUGCCCUUGAGUGCGCAUGCGAGCUGCUGCUGGCCAUCGGCUACACCAUGGAAAACAUGAUCGCGGGCCAGUCGGCAUUGACAUCUGUCUGCGGCCGCUUGAAGGAGUUGAUGAAGCGCAAGCUCGAGAAUGGCAAGAGCGCCUACUGCAAGCGCGUCCAGUUCAUGAUCCAGGAUGUGCUCGACACACGUGCUGCUGGCUGGGCGAAGAAGGUCUUCAAGGCCGCGGCGAAGACGAAGGAAGAGAUCAGACUGGAGCAGGAGAAGGAGAUGUCCGAGCGCGCAAAGGGCAAGGAUGUGACCAAAGCCGAGUGCGUUGUCACAGGCCAACGCCCCGUGUACCUGUCGCAGGCGACGGGUGCGUAA